AUGGCGACUGAGUAUGAAAGUGUCAUCUGUGUUAAAAACGACACGUUCGUCUUCAGAAUUCCACCUCGUCCAUCCAACAGAGGAUACAGAGCGGCUGAUUGGAAGUUAGAUAAUCCAGACUGGAAAGGAAGAUUGCGAGUAAUUGCCAAGGGAAAUGACUGUAUCAUAAAACUUGAAGACAAAGCUUCAGGUGAACUGUUUGCCAAAUGUCCUGUCGAUUCAUUUCCGGGGAUUGCUGUUGAGUCUGUUUUAGAUUCAAGCCGAUAUUUUGUUAUUCGAUUGUUGGAUGACAAUGGUCGUUCUGCGUUUAUUGGUAUGGGAUUUGCAGAUAGGUCAGAUUCAUUCGAUUUUAACGUAGCUUUACAAGAUCACUUCAAAUGGGUUAAACAAAGCAAGAAGUUAGAACAAGAGGAAGCAGCUGCCAAGAAUGACCCCACUCCAAAAUUAGACCUAGGAUUUAAAGAAGGACAAACAAUAAAAAUUAAUAUAGGAAACAAAUCAACAGGAUUGUCUCGACCAAAAGCAGCCAGUUCUGGUACAGCACCAGGUUUUCUACCUCCUCCGCCGGGGUCUAAAAUACCUACGCUCACCCCUCCCCCUUUGGCAUCGCAGCAGUUCAGUGGAACACCGUCACAAGGUAAUACUGGUAUUGGUUCAUCCAGUUCAACACAAUCGUCAACAUUCAGUGAUGACCUGCUGGGUGGUUUGACAUCGGUUCCUACACAGCAACCACAGCAUUCGACAUCGGCACCUACCACGGAUGAUUGGGGCGAUUUCACAAGUGCAAGAAGUAGCAGUUCUCAAGGAACUCAGCAGGCAUCUGAUGGUGGUAGAAGUGAUGGUGGUGGCUGGGUUCAAUUCUGA